AUGGGUAGCUUCAUAGGGCAUGUCUUGCCAGGCAUUGCCUUCUAUGUAUUUGGCUUGUGGCAUCUCUUCAACAACACAAAACUCCACUUCCAAAACAAAGCCUCCUUCACAACAUCUGCAUGGUUCCCCACAUCAAGGCUCAGGUACUUGGAGCUCAUAUUGAUAAUCAUUGGGAGCUCCAUCUCUGUCUCCAUGGAGCUCUUCAUCGGCCCCAGAAAGCACCAACCAUUUGAUGCAGACGGGACCAUCCCUUCGAACCAUCUACGCAACUUUGAACACUCCUCUAUCUCAAUGUACUUUGCAACCUAUGGCAUUCUCGCCAUCCUCCUCGACAAAUCAGUGCAAGGUUCAACCCUUGGGGACAACAAUAUUGCAAAUCGAAUGAAUUCCCACCUGCAUGAUCAUGUUCAAGGCCUCACUCUCCUAGCUGCAUCUAUGUGCUUCGGUCUCGAGCUCUUCAGCUUCCACUUCCACUCCACCGAUCACAUGGGGGUCGAAGGUCAAUACCACUUGCUUCUUCAGAUUGUGGUGGUGGUCUCUUUUGCAACAACCCUAAUCAGUGUUGGCCUCCCUGGGAGUUUCCUUGUGAGCUACGUAAGGUCUGUAAGCAUAAUGUGCCAAGGCGGGUGGUUCAUAGUCAUGGGGUACAUGCUUUGGACUCCUGAAUUGGUGCCUAAAGGGUGCAUGAUUCACCGAGAAGACGGGCACGAAAUUGUUAGGUGCUCGGGGGAGGAGUCGUUGGAAAGAGCCAAAUCGUUGGUGAACAUCUUCUUUAGCUGGUUCCUCAUCGGGUUCACCAUUGGCGCCAUCUUGUUUUAUGUCGGCAUGGUUAACUGUUAUUCGCCUAAGUAUUAUAACAAUGAGAUCACUACUGGUGCCAGUGCUGCCUAUUGUUGCUUGCCAACCAAGCAAGAAGGUUGUGAUGAGUUUGAAGGAGAGCCGUUGGAGCACCACAUUGAAUUGCAAAAGAAAACUAGAUUUGUAGUUGGUGUAGCUUGUGAAGGUGGGAAUGGAGUGUCCAAUUCCAAGCCAAUGGAUGACCCAAAGAUGGAAGCCAUAUAUGCCGAAUAA